AUGGGUGUGAAAAGAGCAGCCCCAGAAGCUACCGGUCCUGAGUUCCAGUUUGAGCUUGGAAGCGAGAAAAGACGCGUGAGUGUGCGCAAGUUCAAGGGGGCUACUUUAGUUGAUAUCAGGGAGUACUACCAGAAAGAGGGGAAAUGGCUGCCUGGGUCUAAGGGAAUUGCACUUACAGAGGACCAAUGGAGGGCCCUUCGCGGGCUAAUUGGCCAGAUCGACGACUCGAUCUCGCAACUGGAGCCAGAACAAAAAAAGUACAAGAGCGACGAGGAGCCGGCAAAGGAGUCUGGCGAAGAGCACGAAGACGAUUCUGAACCAGACAACAACCAGAAGGAGGCCUAG